AGCAGUAGCCAUGCCCCCCACCAGCUUAUCAAAGUCCUCCCGCAUGCGAGCAAUACAUCAAUUUGUCUUCUUGACAGCUCAAACAUGGCCUCCGUACACUAUGAUAUCCCUCUUGGUUUCCUCCCAGACAACGACGGGGUGAUAGAUCAUCACAGCCCACCAGAGCAGCUCGAGCCCGAUGAAACGCUCUGCCGUCCGAUCUUAAGAUCGGUAGAUGAUAUGAUUCCGUUCGUACACUGUACACGGCCCUCCAUACGACACCUUUCCUGGGCCAGCUCAGCUCUGAGGUCGACCGAGCAAGUUGUCGGCGCUCAUGAUCAUCUCGUACCGUACCUGACAUUGCCCACUUUAUAUGUCUGUUGCCAGUGUGCUCAAUUAGUCCCGAAGGUGGAUGGCCAGCCAAGGUGUGUGCUCUGUCAACACAGUAUAUGCUGUUGCUGCAUGCCGGCCAAUUGAUAAUGGUUUCCUGUAUGGGCAACAUGGUUCGUUGGCAAGGGUUUCCGUUUUUUCGUUCUUCUUCCAACUCUGUAUGCAUACUUGGGAUCUCCCCAUAUAUGUCAAGCCCGCAUUAGGACGGCGUUACCAACCUGGUCUCAGGGUCAGGCCUCGCAAGUACCUUAGUCGGUUUCGAUAGAUGCGUUCAAUAGUUCUCGCUCAGAAGUGUCAUCUAACUGACGUUGAGGAUGAUAAAUCAUA